AUGAGGAAAUAUUCGAUAAGUGAACUUUACCGGCUAUGGGGGAAUUAUGCGCCUUCUGCGGAGCUUCUGUGUCAACGCGACAUUCUCCGACGUCCGAAGUAUGUCCACCGAGGAUCUCGUCGCAACAAAAUCUACACGGCUAAGGGAGGCAAAUCAAUCCCAUGUCUCUGGACUGCUGAUCGUGGUCGUUUGAAGCCUGAUAGACGAGUUGACCAUACUGUGCUUGCCCGUCUGCCCAGAUCGGAUGUGCACAGUCCGUCAAACCGACUGAAAGCUGGGCUAUUCAACAUACGAUCGCUCACCAACAAAGCUUCUCUUGUCAGCGACUUCAUUAUGGAUCAUAAACUGGACUUUCUAUGUCUCACGGAAACCUGGCAGCAGAGCAAUGAUUUCUUCCACCUGAACCAAGCAGUCCCGCAUGGAUUUGUUUACAUCUGUAAAUCCCGCUCAUCCGGGAGGGGAGGUGGUCUCGCACUGCUCUAUCGCGAGAAUAUGAAACUGACACCACUCUCUGUGCCUGAUCACACCUCUUUUGAACUGCUGGCUGUUCAGAUCAAAGGACCUACACCCACCAUCAUUGCGGUAUUGUACAGACCUCCUAAACUAUCAAACACAUUUAUUCCUGAACUUUCAACUGUUCUUACUGCUUUGAAUGCAAUGUCUCCUAAUGUCAUCCUGAUGGGGGAUUUUAAUAUACACAUGGACAAUUGUUCUAAUGCAUUCACAAAAGAUUUUAUGCUUGACUCCUUUGGCAUCACACAACAUGUUAACUGUCCAACCCACAGCAAAGGACAUAUUUUAGAUCUGGUCUGUUGCUCUGGUAUCAAGCCUGGCAAUUGCACCCUGGGCUCAUCUUACAACAAUGAACUCUGUGAAUUCAGUCUCCCUACUGAAAGUGCCAUCUGUGGCCUCAUCAAAAAGUGCAAUUCCUCCACCUGUCAGCUGGACCCUCUUCCAACAAGCCUGGUUAAGAGUUGCCUGCCAUCUAUUGCUCCGAUGAUUACAUCAAUUCUGACCACCUCUCUUCUCUCUGGCACUGUACCAUCUGCCUUUAAAACAGCUAUUGUCAGACCAACGCUGAAAAAACCUGGAUUGGAUUCUAACAACUUCAACAACUACAGGCCUAUAUCUAACUUGCCCUUUCUCUCCAAAGUGCUUGAGAAAAUAGUGGCGACUCAACUCCAGGAUCACCUGAAGGACAAUGAUCUCUUUGAGCCAUUCCAAUCUGGAUUUCGUCCUAUGCACAGUACUGAAACGGCCAUGGUUAAGAUUACUAAUGAUCUCCUCUGUGCAGCUGAUGAUGGACUUAUUUCCAUUCUGAUUCUCCUUGAUCUCAGCGCAGCCUUUGAUACCAUCUCUCACCAUGUUCUACUGGAACGUUUAGCUAAUAUCGGAGUGCGUGGCAGUGCUCACCAGUGGUUCACCUCCUAUCUCUCUGGUAGGACACAGUGCGUACAAAUGAUGAGCUGCAAGUCUGAGAGUACUGCUGUGACAAGAGGGGUGCCCCAGGGAUCUGUGUUGGGCCCUCUGUUGUUCAUUAUCUACCUUCUUCCACUUGGCACUAUCCUCAGGAAACAUGAUGUUCAAUUUCACUGCUAUGCUGAUGACACCCAGCUUUACUUUUCAGUGAAACCUACUGCCACCCUUCCGCCAGCUGCACUUACUGCCUGCCUCCAUGACAUCAACGUGUGGAUGACACAAAAUUACCUGAAGCUGAAUAGCAGUAAGACUGAGUUGCUACUGGUUGGCUCCAAAUCAGCUCUUACUAAGAUGGAACCUAUCACCAUCUGUGUAGAUGGCAGCACCAUCCCUUGUUCCAAACAGGUCAAGAGCCUUGGUGUCAUACUGGACAAUACCAUCUCGUUCAAUGCACACAUUAACACCAUAUCAAGAAAUGCCUUUUUCCAUCUAAGGAACAUUGCACGGCUCCGCCCAACACUCACCCAGCAGAGUGCAGAAGUCCUAGUCAAUGCGUAUGUGACUUCCCGCCUGGACUACUGCAACUCAAUCUUGUCUGGAAUUCCAAAUAAGCUACUUCACCGGCUCCAACUCAUCCAGAACUCUGCAGCGCGGAUUAUAACAUGCUCCAAAUCCACCAGCCAUAUAACACCAUCGCUCAUGCAGCUGCACUGGCUUCCAGUUGCCUUCAGAAUAAAUUUCAAGGUCCUGCUCCUGGCAUACAAGUCCCUAAACAACAGCGCCCCUACCUACCUCACUGACCUACUGGAAGUGUACACUCCUGCCCGCCCUCUGAGAUCCUCCUCAGCAGGCCUGCUACGUGUCCCUGAUGUGAACCUCUGCACUCUGGGAGAGAGGGCUUUCAGCUACAUUGCCCCCAAGCUAUGGAAUUCAUUGUCAGACUACAUCAGACACUCUGACUCAAUCACUGUCUUUAAAAGUAGACUGAAAACAUUUUUCUUCAAAAAAGCUUAUGGACUGGCUAACUGACUUUAACAUUUAACAUUUUUCUUUUCUUUUUAUUUCUAUGUGAUGAUUUUGCAACCCUGUAAAGUGACCUUGGGUGUCUUGAAAGGCGCUUUAAAUAAAAUGUAUUAUUAUUA